CACAAUACCCAUUUUUCCCUUUCCUUCAUUUCUCUAUUUUAUCACUUUAAUUAGUCUCUUUAUUUCCUUCUAUUUUUUAAAAAAAUUAUUUUCUUUCCUUAAUUGUUUUACCAUUUUAUUACUAAGUGUCAUAGCAAAAUCUCUUCCCUAAUCACUCAAAAUCAGAAAGUAUUUCUUCCUUUAAAGAACGAAUUUUAGCUGAAGAUUGGGGUACGAAUCUCUUUGGAGAAUCAGUCUAUGUUCAAGAAGUCACCAAAUAGAAAAGCUUGAAUCUUUGGUGAGAAAGGGAGAAAAUGGAUUCAGGUGAUGCAUCCGGAUAUUCAGCUGGGGUGGACGAUGAUUAUGAAUCUUUACUGUCAACGACUGAUGCGGAGCUCUUGAAACGGGCAUGGCGGAAUGAAAAGGCUGCUCCUGAAAUUCUUCAAUUUGAGGCUGCUUUAGUUCAGCGGUCUAGAGAACAGAUCCAAUUGAUGGAAGAAACAGUGGAGGAAUUUUCAAAAAAUGGUGUUGAUCCACUCACUGUGUCUCUGUACCAGAUGGACUUGGAUAGAACUCUGUUUCUAUUGAGAUCAUAUUUAAGAACCCGUCUCCAAAAGAUUGAAAAUUAUGCAUUUCACAUACAAAAAACUACUGACUUACGGAAUCGUCUAUCUAAACAAGAGCAGAAUUUUGCUGAAAGGUGUAUUGAUGAUAUGGAGCAACAUCUAGAUCAAUCUGUUCUUUCAAAGUUGCCUCAAGGUUUCAAGUCCCAUUUGAAGCAAUCUUCGCUAAGUUUGGCAGAUGACACGGUUCCUGAGCCACAGCUGGAUCAGUAUGUUAUCUGCAGAAGCAAGAGAUUUUUAGGAGCUUUUCAGCUUGAUGACAGUGGGGAAGAACCAGUGAACAUUGAAGCCAAUGAUUUAUAUGCUCUGCCUUACAAGUCCAUAAAGCCACUUGUGGAGAGUGGGCAGAUCGAUCUGGUAUAGGAAACACUACCCCUUUGUUUUCUGCUGAUAGGAAACUGCGGCGGCUAUGCACAAAUCAAGACUUACAUUAUCCAAGCUUAAAUGAUGUAGUAUGGGAUGUUACACUGCUCAAGAAUUAUCUCUCACAUUGUGGUAUGAAUACUCCUCUGUUGUCUGUUUCGAAAGAUGUUUAAUCUUUUAAUUUGUUAAUUUUUACCAUGUGUGGAGUCAUCUAUAAAAGUUUUAGGGCUUUGGUGAAAAUUUGAAAAACAAAAUCAUUUUUUUCGAACAAACUAAGACUAAUUUCAGUUUGAAACAUCA